AGUGCUUCCAUCCCGGCCCGGGCAAGAGUCGCGCGCCAUGGGGACCUGGCGGCGUUUGCUGCUCUUUGGCGGGUUGUCAUUUCGGGGUGGUGGCGCGGCCACUGUCCCGCCCCGGGGGUGCCGAACUUUGGGUUGUGGGCGCCAGUUAUUAGGCGCUGAGAAUGAGGCCUUGAAACAAAGAAGAACACAAGUCAUGUCCCGCGGACUUCCUAAGCAGAAGCCUAUAGAAGGUGUUAGAGAAGUCAUUGUUGUGGCCUCUGGAAAGGGUGGUGUUGGAAAGUCUACCACCGCAGUGAACCUUGCUCUUGCGCUGGCAGCGAAUGAUUCGUCCAAGGCGGUUGGCUUGUUAGAUGUGGAUGUGUAUGGUCCUUCCAUUCCAAAGAUGAUGAACCUGAGAGGAAAUCCAGAAUUAUCACCAAAUAACCUAAUGAGGCCUCUUUUGAAUUAUGGUAUUGCUUGUAUGUCAAUGGGCUUCUUGGUUGAAGAGACUGCGCCACUUGUUUGGAGAGGCCUUAUGGUAAUGUCAGCCAUUGAGAAAUUAUUGAGACAGGUUGAUUGGGGUCAGCUGGACUAUUUAGUUGUGGACAUGCCACCAGGAACAGGAGACGUGCAGUUGUCAGUUUCACAGAAUAUUCCCAUUUCAGGUGCUGUGAUUGUCUCCACGCCUCAGGACAUUGCAUUAAUGGAUGCACACAAGGGUGCGGAGAUGUUCCGGAAAGUCAAUGUGCCUGUUCUUGGUCUUGUCCAAAACAUGAGUGUCUUCCAGUGUCCAAAAUGUAAACACAAAACUCAUAUUUUUGGUGCUGAUGGUGCAAGAAAACUAGCACAGACCCUUGAUCUUGAUGUUCUAGGAGAUGUUCCCUUGCACCUCAGUAUAAGGGAAGCUUCCGAUAUGGGUCAACCAGUUGUCUUUUCUCAGCCUGGAAGUGAUGAGGCCAAAGCUUACCUGCAUAUUGCUUCAGAAGUGGUGAGAAGACUGAAAUCAUCUCCAGAAUGAUUCCCAAGUGCCCUGGAAAUUGUCCUGGUAUUUGACAAUCAUGAACUGUCAAACAUGAGUAUUGUGGUAGUGUGGAGCCCACAAAAAUAAUGACAAUUCUGAUUAUUUUCUUUCAUCUCUAAAGAAAUAAUGUCUCAUUUUCAGAUUUGAUUUGACAACCUAUGAUUCACAAAUAAAAUGUACAUGUAUGUGUGCUGGCUGUUCUAUGAUGAUUCUGUAUUUGGGGUUUUGACAACUGGUAUCUCAGCUGCACUGCACUGCUUUCAUUGAACUAUCUCUUGAGAAACUGUGACUUCGUGGUACUAUCGUCCUAGGUUUGUAGAGAACUGCUGAAGCGCAGUUAGACACUGAAAGGGCUUACUAAAUGUGGACGUGAAUGCAGAUGUCACACCUUGCCAUCAGGCAGUUUCGAUCUUGCCUGUAGUCCUGUCUUAAACAUGCAUUUGAUGAAAAGGACUUCUACUUCAUGUGGCCCAGACUUGCCCAGUCUUGAUAAAUAUGAAUCUCCAGGAUGGUGUUGGGCAUUGAUAACUAUCUGACUAUGAUAAUGUCUUUAUCAGUGUUAUAUUGCUAUGAAGAGACACUCUGACCAUGACCAUGGCAGAUCUUAUAAAGGAAAGCAUUUAAUUGGGGCUUGCUAACAUUUCAGAGGUUUAGUCCAUUAUCAGCAUGGCAGGAAGCACGGCAGCACAUAGGUAAACAUGGUACUGGGAAAGAAACCAAGAGUUCUACAUCCAGAUCAACAGGCAGCAGGAAGAGAGAGACACUGGGCCUGGCUUGGACUUUUGAAGUUUCAAAGCCUACCAUAGUGACACACUUCCUCUAACAGGGUCACACCUACUCCAACAAGGCCAUACCAUCCCAUUUCUUUGAAAUAGCACCACUCCCUGAGGACCAAACAUUCAAAUAUAUGAGCGUAUGGAGGCCAUUUCUCUUCAGACCACCACAGAUAAUAAGUAUAAUAAUAAAAAAUAACUUUUAUUUUUUUGAUAAAUAAAGAGAUUUCUAUAGCCUUAGAAUCUUUCAUUUAUACCAUUGGAGCACUGUUCAUUUAUUCAUUUAUGGAUGAGAAAUGGAGCUAUGGGGAGGGUAAGUAAGUGCUUUAUCACAGGUGGGUUCCUGGUUCUAGCAGAUGAUGAAGCUGAGAUUUAGCCACUUUGGUAGUUUGCUGCUAGAGUCCUCCCUUGUACAACAUUAAACAUUUUCUAAUUGCAAAAGAGGGGCUUAGUAUUCUCUGUGAUCAUGACAUCCCAACCCCCUCCUUAGGAGUAUCUUAUGGUGUUCAUGUUUCCAAGAAUAUACUUUGGAAAAAAAUAUGUCUUGUCUAAUCAAGAGCAUCCCAAAGUCGGGGUAGUUGUAAAGCCGCAGGUAUUGAUAAGAGUGCAGGAGUGCAUCUGUGGUUCAUGGUCAGUUAUACAGAAGUGGUCUGUGAUCCUGGCAAAUCCUGUGAUGUCCUAUGAUGCUGCUCUUUAAUUGGCAGCUAUAAAGUUAAUCAAUGGACAAAUACACCUUCAGACAAACAACAACAUGGACAUUUCUAGCACUGUAUGGGAGAGCCAAAGGUCAGGUUUUCUGCAGUGAGUGAAUGGUUACAUAGAUAUAAAACAUCUACACCAUGAAAUACUUCUCCACAGUUGAAAAUGAGAAAACCAAGGAUUUUUGAGGAUUUGUGUAACCAUCUCAUAGGACAGUGAGCUAUAUGAUCUACUUGUAUGCUUUUGAAAUGAAAAGAAUGAUAAAUUAGUUUAUAGCCAUGUAAAGAAAGGGUGGAAACAGAACAUUAAGUAUGACUAUAAAAGCAACAUGGCAGAUCCCAGUAAGGAUGACAAUAUUUUCCCCACUGCAGUACUAUAGAUUGAGUUUAGGGCUUCACACAUGCUACCUAUCAUAAAUUCACGGCCAACCUGGCUUACCCAGCAUGUUCAAGGUCAACCUGAAAAACAUUGAGAUCUUGUCUCAAAAUUAAAAA